GCGAAGUGGAUGGAGAGUUUAACCGCUGCUGUUUUAUCUAUGUUUAUUAGUGAAUUACUAUGAGUUUGAAUGUGAUUGUGUGCACAGUGAAUAGAUAAUGGAAAGUAGUGUUUUAUGUGUGUUUACAUGUUAAGUUAAUAUUGAACAUGGUGAGUGACAAACAGAAAAAGGUGUUGGGGUUUCUCAAAUCGCGGACGACCAGGAGAGACAGAGACAGCUCAAAGAACAGGAGCAGUCGUGAUAGUGGCGACGACGGUCGUGAUGGCGGCGGCGGCGGCCGCCACCUGCCAGAGAGGCGGGAGAGCGGCCGGUUCCCCACCGCCGCCAGACUCCUGCGGUCGCUUGGCCGCCACCGGGAGGAAGACUCAGGCGGGGCGCGAGCCAGGGAGAGCUCUGAGCCGCGCCUCACUCGCGCCAACCCUCACUACCAUUCCGAGGGCAAGGGUCUCAAGAAGAAGAAUAACUGGACGUCUGAACGAGAACUGAGCAACACCGUCACUCCCACACACAAGGAACGAAGCCACAGCUUCUGCGAGAAGACCAACAGUAAGAGACGAUACUCCUACCAUGAUAAUAAGAUGUUGAGGGAGGAGGCAAGGGCACGUCUCGACCGUCAGGAUGAGUCGCCCUUACAGGAGGGGUCGAGUCCUGACCCCACAAGUGAACAUACCUCCCCGUCGCUAGCCCCAGCCUCACCCUCCCCGGAGAAUGCAGAGAAUAUAUAUGAGAAUUUGCCAGCACAUUUAGGCAAUGGGGAGACAGUUGUGAAUGGUGGAGACAGCGGUGUGUGUCAAGACUCUACUGAUGGGGGGUUGAAGGAGGCUCAGACGCGACCUUUGGACAGAGUGGAGCGGGAGAGAAGAUCCGUCAGAAAGUUGACGAAGGAUUCGGGGUACGAGACCUCACCCUAUAGCGAGAGUGAUUACGCUAACAUUGACUUGUACUCUGAAGCUGAUGCCAGGCUUGAGGGUGACGGUGACGAUGUUACCCUGGCGCCGGAGUCUGAGCUGGCACCUCCGUCACCAGUCCUGCAGAGUGACGACUCUCAACUCACAGAUACAUCGCUCAACCUUCCUACCAGCUCAUCUCCCACUCAGUACACCGACACAGCACACCACUUUCCUCCCAGCAGAUCUCCCACUCAACACGCCGACACAGCACACCAUCUCACUCCCAGCAGAAUAAGUGGUGAGAAAAGCCUCGGGCGACGGUGUUCCUGGCAACCUCAGGGAAGCAGUGGCACCACUGCCACUUGGGAGACCUCAGGGGAAGUCACUGCCGCCGCUGACUCGGAGUGCCGUAGCUCCUCCCCCGCGCCGCUGGUGAGCGGGUCACAGGCACCAGAGGAGGCCAACUUCCUGAGGAACUCCGCGGGCAGGUCGUCGCCACUGCCCAGGUACCCGUCAGCGGAGAGUCUGUCGUCCUUCGCAGAGUCGCUUGUCAACCCCGGUGGUGGGUCAACGGCGUCGCUGGUGCUGGCCAAGAGCACACCCUCCCUGCAUCAUAAUGUACAUACCUCCGCUAAGCACUAUAGUGUGAAUCCUGCGCUACACGCAUCAAGGUCGACGCCCAACCUAGAGGAGGGCGAGGAUGACAGGAUGGUGACCAAGAAGUCCUCUAUGUACUCUUACCUUCAAGGUGCCUCCUCUUCCUCGGCCAAGAGCGCCAUGGGCGGCUCUGGUGUGGUGGGCGGCCGAUACUGGGAUGGCACUAUGGGCACCGACGAUACCCCAGACCGCGAGGAUUAUGCCCACCACCUUCGCUCCUCUUCCUACCACCUACUUCACUCCCGCCAGCUCUCUGCUCUCAGCUCUGGCUCAGCUGGCUCCUACCACAGCAGACAGCACUCCAACACCUCAAACUACAGCGAGCCUGAUGAAUUGAGUCCCCGGGGGGAGCACCUGUCUGGCCACAGUCACCACCAUCAUGGCAUGGAUCGAGCCAGGUUCUUCUCCUACGACAACCUGGGACCUGAGUCAUCAAGUCAGAAGUACCCCGGGUCUUGGAACAUGUCUGAACCAGACCUGACUAUGGCACCCCCGCCAUACUCUCCCCCAGGUCCGGGCUACCAGCACCAGCAGCCACCCAUAUCCCCGACAUCGCCUCCGUCAGUAGCACCUACGCCAUCACCUGUCAAACACUCGCCUACAUCAUCUUCGUCAAACCGUCACCCGUCCUCACCUCCGCCACCCCCAGUGCGUGAUGCUUCUAGUCUAAAAUAUAUCAAGUAUGGUCCCGGGCAUGAGAAAUAUCCAUCGUGGCCGGUGCCAGCUGGUAACCAGGUGUCACAUAGCUCCCCACCUCACGAUGCUAAUGUAUCUGGCCUCCCUGAUUCAACCUCACAGUCUCCGGCACCACAAGGCUCACACCGCUCGAAGUCGUGGACGGAGCAGUCAGAAUACCCCAAGGAGAAGGCUGGAGGCUACGCUCGUCCUUAUAACAAGAAACCAUCAAAUCAGUCCUUCCAGAGGCAACUCAAAACUGUGAUGGAGCGAUCAGAGAAGAUUCCCAUGGAAGUGUUUCAUAACAGUAUUCGAGUGGAUGUGUUCUCUAGCUCAAAUUAUUCUUUUAUGGACUCUUAUUACAAGCCCUCGAACUCGUGCUAUCCUUCAUAUGACCGCGACGGCCGCGCCCUCGAUGAUAAGGACUACAGCAUCCCGUCCCCGCCUGAGCGAGACCUGGGCGUGGGCGAGGCUACUCUCAGUCAGGUGACAGCGGCGCAGCUGGAUGAAUACGUCCGUCAGUACGAGGAGUUUGGUUACGCAGACUUAAUAGGUACGACGCCGCUGUUGGACCAGCUGCGGCGCGAGUCAGUCAUGUGGGAUGGUAGUUCUGAGAGGGACUCAGGAAGAGGGGAGAGUGAGAGUGUUGCAGACAGUGCUCGCUACAGUAACGGACGAGAUAGUGUCACUACUGUCGUCACAAACUCCUCAUCAGCCUCAUCUUCUGAAACCCUCAAGUGGCACGGCUCGCUCUCUGAUCUUUCUAUGAUGUCUGGUCAUUCCCGCGAUCCGCGAUCUGACCACAAUAUAGUGCACAGCUCGCGUGUGCAGGCGCCCCAGCGCCACAAUAGCGAGUCUGUUCUUUACUAUGGCGGUGAGAAUAGAGGCAAACCUCCCCACGGCAGACUGGGCCACGAGUCGCGCGAUCACCGGGACUUGCGGCGCUCUGUCCGCGACACAGAGUCUGGCUACCCGAGAUCAUCACGGGAAGGAAAAUGGAGUCGAGAAGUUGAAAGGAACAACGAAAUGAACAAUCUAAAGAAGUUCCCUUCGUAUUCCUACACACAACCUCUCUCGCAGAUCACGGAGGCACCUACAGCAGAAAUGCGCGAGACUCCCACGUCUCCCACACGCUCUCCCCAGAGUCCUACCAUAGACUUUAGCAAGCCUCCCUCAGUAGCUGAGAGGAUUCACGAGUUGGAGAGACAGUCCCGUACUACCGGCCCUGAGGGCGGCACCCGCUGGCCCAGGGACCAUAGUGGCUCCAGGGAGAGGGAUGGUAGGGAAGGUCACGAUCCGCGAGACCCGAGGGAGUCUAGGGAUGUCCGUGACCCUCGAGACCCGAGGGAGUCUAGGGAAACCCAUGACCCACGAGACCCACAAGACCUUCGCAGGUCUCGUGAGGAUGCGCCGCCGCCAGAGGCUCGUGAGCCAGGUGACAAACUGGAGACUCGAGCUUCAAGGGAACUUCGAGAAAGUGGCGAGACUCGGACCCACCAGAGGAGAGGAUCCAGAGACUCUCAGAGAGGAGACAGAGAUCUGCGGUUAGAUUUCUCAAGGAUAGACCGCAAGGGAGACGGCUCUCACUCUUCACUGGAGACUCUUAGAUCCCCCUCCACACCCGGGUCUUCGAAGUCACCCACGCAAAAGGAUGCCGAAGGUAGACCUUUCGUCCAUGAAAAUUUCCAGAAUUUACUGAAUACUUUUACAGAGGUGGAUAGAGUAGACAGAUUGGAUCGUUCUGAGAGAAUGGGUAGUAAUGUAUCAUAUUCCUAUUUAGACCCUGAGAAAAGACGCAAGGUGCCAGACACUACGCUGAAGAGUAUUCAGAAACAAGCUGUGAUGUCCUUUUAUGAACGCCACACAGGGAAGAACCUGGGUUGUGCUUCAGUAAGUGAUCUGAGCUCUGCGAGUAGUCAGUCGAGUCUUAUAUCGUCACAGUCAGCGCCAGAGACUUCGCAGGGCAAGUGGGCGAGUGCGUGUCAUUCCACCAUGAACCAGUGCAUGAGGACUGAUAAAUCUGGGAGAGCGGGAAAGGGGCUGGCGCGUCUAGGUCGAGUGCCUGAGAGCGAGACGGACGAGCAGACGCAUCGACCUGCUCGACGCCGCUCAAUGAGUGGUCGUGACUCCGGCAGUGAGACUGGCACUGACGACCUGUCCAGGGGAGGCUCCCAGCGUUCCUCCCUGGCCUCCGACGCCGCCUCCUCCUCCCGGGGUGAGCAGCCUCCAGCACUCCCGCAGAAGCAGCUGCCUCAGGUUCACCUCGAGGGUGUUUCGUCAUCAGCACACACUGCGUCAGCCAGUGAGGAGCCCAGACCAACAGAGGAGGCGGAGCCUUGCAAAGAUGAUGACAACUCCACUCGCUCCUCCCGGGGUCUGGUCGACGGGGGCAUUACCACCACCACCUCAGACACACUCGUCACCCACCAGAUCGACCCUCCCAGACCGCCCUCCCUUCCCCCACCCACUAACGAUGACCCGCCCCCACGACCACCCGAACGCCCGCCCAAGAAGCCUACUUUGCGAUCUCUGUUCCACGGCCCCAACGCCGAGGCGGCGAGCAACCCGCCCUCUGCUGCUCUCACCGCCUCUCCCCAAGGGGAGAACGCCCCCGACGCAGAGAUAAGACGGUUAGAGGAGUCUACUGAGAUAAGAUCUCCAGCACGACCGUAUUACUACCGCAAGCCACCCGCACCAGAUCCUCCCAAAUCUCCCGAAGCGUCGCCCACACCACCCGCGGCUCUUACGACUCUCACGCCAGGCUGUCAAAGACUCCAGCGGUCUCCCUGCGACACACGACUCCAUACGUCGCCCACCCAUCUCGCCAACCAUGCCGCCCACUUAGUUCCACCCACCAGCCCCACCUCCCGCUCCUCCACCCCGGACUUGCCCCCACCUCCGCCCCCUCCCGUCGUAGAGGGUGAGGUUGUGUUGAGUGAUGAACCGCUGCCUCCCCCACCCACGCCCUCUGAGGUAUCUCCCACACCCACAGAGGCGCCGCCCCUUCCCCCAGACUCGCCACCACGAGAACGUCUGAUAGGUACGCCCCCUCCAGUACCCCGGGACGCCCUCAAGAACCUCAGCACCCCACAGACCUACCAUAAGGAUUCCUACAUGGCCCACAGGAGAGACUGGAAGACGGGGUUCGAGGGCAGGUACCGGAGAACUAUCUCUCCUUCAGCCUCCAACCGCAACUUACUCUAUGCCCGUGAUGACACUACCAACAACACCACAAUCCCUUCAGGUUCUCAUAACCACACCACUAACACGCUACCCUCAGCCUCCGCCACCACAACUACCACAACCACCACCACUACUACAACAACAACAGCCACCACCACCACUCCGACACACACUCAGCAGCCAGAGUCUGAAAGGAGGAGUUCCGUCACUUCCACCACCAUUACCUCGCCGUCUACGCCUCCUCCAGCAGGCAUCCUUCGCUCUCUCCCUUCUACCACCUCCCUCGUCCACAACAACAACAAUAAGAACAUUAUUGAUAACGACAACAAUUUCAAUAAUGGGUGGGCAGGACAUGCACGCUCUACCUCCACAACUGUUAGUUUCACUGCCGAGGAGUUGAGAGCAUUCAUAAAGGCUCGACGCUCCCAUGGUCACACCCAAGAUGGUGCCAGCUUAACCCCUGACAAGGAGAAUAUACCCCGUCAGCUUCACCCAUCACAAUCCUCACCAGCCUUGUCCUCAGCUCUCCACUCCACGGCGAGCGAUGGCUCUACCACUUCUUUAGCAAGCGGAGGUACCAGUUCCUCUUUGGGGUCAGGUCGAAGCUGCUCCCCUCCUUCCCCCAGCAAACUGAGUCCUGCACAUUCCUGGCGGACCUCCCUGGACUCCCUGCAUCGGCCGCCCGCCUCAGGAGCCACAUAUCCCAGCGGUGUGUCCACCCAUUCCCCAAGAACCAUCACCCGCACCACCAGUUUAGCUGACCCUCUUCACAGCGCAGAAGAGGUGGUCAUGUCGAGCAGCGUGUCGCAGGAAACUCUUCAUCUUCCUCGUACUGCCAGCAUUAAUGAGUCCCUCUCUCGCAUUACAGCCAUUAGCGACUCACUCAGUCGGUCAACCAGUGUUGCUGAGUCUCUCUCUCACUCCAGUACCAUCACGGAGGUACCAGCUGGUUGCUACAGCCGCAGUAACAGUGAAGCGCCGGCCUACCAUUCUAGUCCCGUCGUUGUGCCUACUACCAACCAACCUCCAGCCUCGCCCACUUCACCCGUGCCUCACGAUGGCCCCGUCACCGCUCACCCUGCUACUGUCACAGAAGAAACCUCUGCGCUAGUAAGCUCAGAUUCGCCAAAGUCACCACUUACCCCUAAAGCACCUUCUUCACCGAAGUCUCCUCUCUCUACAAAAACCUUUUCAUCAAAGUCACCUGUGUCACCAAAGUCUCCUCUUUCACCAAAAUGUUCACUCUCGCCAGCGCCUAACUCUCCGCCAGUGGAUAAAGUAAAGACCUUCAGCAGCACAGCCGCCACCACGGCUACCUUCCACAUGAUCACUUCGCCCUCCAUGUCCCCUCCAACACAUCCUGUAGACCGCUCCAACAUUGUAGUUCUUGGGUACGGUCGCACACCAUACCAGGAGGAGAUCGAUUGUGAUCGUUUAUCCAAGGAUUAUGUGCCGCAAUUUGCACUGGACACCAAGCUGGAAGCCCUACUUGCUCCAGGGCCGGAGCACAAGACUGCAGCUCAUUACAUGGAAGGGGUGUUUAACUUGGAGCUGAGGAAGGACUUUAUCUCCAGCACCCACGCUCACCACCCAGACCUGAGUCGCUUCCACACACACACAGCCAACACUAACACCUCCCAGCCAACGACGAACGGCGAGCCUCCUAGCGCCUCUGAAACAUCAAAUGAAAAGGCACCCUUACCAGCAGACUCUGCCUACUUCACGACCUCAGAGAGCAAAGCCAAGAUGCUGACAAGACUACGGGGUAGUAACAAUAAUUUACAUGAUGGCAUCACUGAUCAGCAGCAACUCCACAAGAAGAAGGAGGAGCUGGUGGCAAGCAUUGGACGUAAGCUUGAAAUCCUGCGAGCAGAACGGGAAGCCAUCAAGGAGGAGAUGCGUUUGAAUCAAGAAUUAGGAACAGAAGUGACAUCCAAAGUGGAAGCAAGAGCCAGGCUAGCAGAGGCUGAGAAAUACAAGCUGCAUGUUGAAGAGAUUGAUAAAAUUACUUCAUUACUCUUAGGGCUUUCUGGAAGGCUUGCCCGAGCAGAAAAUGCCUUAAUUAUGCUGGUUGAUGAUGCUGAUCCAGAGGAAAAGAGAAUUCUUGAGAGUAAACGUGACAAGUUAAGUGAGCAGUUAGAAGAGGCAAAGAGACUCAAAGAGAACAUUGAUCGUAGAGCAAUACAAGUUUCCAAGGUGCUAAACCAGUAUUUAACAGAGGAUCAGUAUGCUGACUAUGACCACUUCAUCAAGAUGAAGGCAAAGCUUAUAAUGGAUGCAAGAGAAAUAGACGACAAGAUAAAGCUGGGGGAAGAACAGCAGCAGGCCUUACGAGAAACGAUGUUUAAGAACCCGUGAACAUGAGAGUAGUGGAAAGUGUCCAAAUACACAGCUUUCAUUUAUAUGUAUGGUACUUUGAAAUCUAUCAUGCCAAGUGUAGUGAUUACACAAGUUGGUAAUGAGUUAUAAAAUCAUUUGAACAUGAUGAGGUUAGAAUUCUGCAUGGGACUAAUGUACAAUAACAAGAGUAUAAUUCUAAAGGCAACUGAAGAUAUGUCACUUAAUAUUCAGAAUAAAAAAACUUUCCAAACUUUAGUGAUACAAAGGAUCAUGCAGACAACUGAAGAUAGUUUAUACAGUAUAGAUUAUGAACACGUUUUUAUAAAAAUCAGGUAUUUUGUAUUACUAUAACAAGAUAAUGGCAUAAUAUAUUUUAUAUCUACUAAGCCAGUAUUUCAUUAUAUACAGAGUUGUAAAGUGAUGUGGGAUGAACCUUUCUGCUGGCAUUUUAUGAAUGGCAUCAUAUUUAUGUUACUGUGACUUGUGAUUUUUCAAAUAUUUAUUUAUGUGCGAAAGUUAAAUGAGAGAAUUGGAUGCAGCACAUAAAGAACUGUAUAUUGUAGCCAGAGUUUAUAUUUGAGGAUACUAGCAUUGGCGGCAGCAGCACUGUUGCUGUCUUGCAGAGCUAACAUGAACAUUUAGUGGGCACUUAAAUUCUGCAAGAAAUGGGCAUAAAUACAGUGUAAUUUUGUUAUUAAAUAUAUUUACUCUUGAGGCUUAUUUCUAUUAAGUUAAUAUACUGGCAGUGCAAUGAAUAUCAAGGCAGUAUUUACUCAAAAUACAUUGAGUUUGCUGUUAACACAACUCUCCUUGCAUCUUAUGGAUUCAAGGAAGAGUGUGAAUUUGAACUAAUUAUGUCCUAUAAGUAAAACACAUAUUGUAUGCAUGAAGAACACCUCGUACCAUUUGGAAGAAAACCAUCUUCUCAUGGCAUUUUAUGAUAUUCAUAUAAUGGCUUUUCUUGAGGGGUUUAGUUUGACUUCAUGCUGUAUUAUGAUUCCUUGUAAUCUCUGUGUAUACUGUUGAUUCUGUGAUGCUUUUUAUGCUUGGUGUGUUUUGGUAAUUUUUUCAGUUAUAUGAAUAAUUAUUAAGGAAAGCUUGUACCCAUGUACACACACAGCUGUGCUCAUCUUUUAUAUACUAUCAGCAGUCCUAUCUUAACACUGUCGCUUUAACUACAUAAUAAGCCAAAUGGUUUUGAAGGUUGGGCAACACAACCCAUCAUGGAAUACUUCAUUAGUCCAUUAUAAUUUUACUGUUUAUUAGUAAAUAUAUCAUGCCCCCACUGGCAGCUGGCCCACUAAAUGAAGUCUGGACAUUCAGGGUAGACCCAGCAAGAAUUAUUAGUGCCACAUUGUACAUAUUAGUUGUUUAAUGGAUGCCAAAAGACCGUCCUGUUCCUUGAUAUCUAUCUACUAACUUUAAAAGAAAUUAUUGGUUUUAUACAUUUAAGACUAGUUGCAAAGCAACAGUUCUGUUGUACAGUAGUGCUUGUUUAUAAUGUAUGCCAAAUUCUAUCAUUCUUCUACCUAGAAGAAAUAAAAAUGAGUAUUA